GCCUGCUGCAGGCUGCAUCCUCCCGGCAGCGAUUCCUAUCCUAACCUGAGCCACCUGAGGCGAGACCCUGUCCUGAGCCAGCGGAGAAACGAGGAUCUCUAAUUACCCUCACUUGGAUAGAAACACGGGGUUUGCUUUUUAGAGAUGGAGGCGAUGGGUGCAGAAAACAAUAAUAAUGACGACCUGCUAAUGUGCUAUUUAGCAACCUUGGAGCUGACAAGAAUGUUUGCUUUAAAACUGCCUCAAUUCAGGCUGACUUCUAUGUGUUUGGGGUCAUCUCUCUAUGGAUGUACGCAGACCUUUCCUGCCGGCCCUAAGGCAGCCCCAGCUCCCAGGGCCUCAAGAGGCUUUUAAUCCCCUUGGGCCGGCUCGGGGCUGCCCCGACACCGCCGCGCCGGGGCAGGCGGCUGCGGGCCCGGCCCCGAGGCCGCGGCAGCGGUUCCCGGCGGGGCCCUUUCCCCGCAGCACCGCCCGCCUCCGCUGCUCAGAAAUGGCCCUUGCUCUGUGGAAGAACUUACUUCAGACUACAAAGAAAAGGAUACUACAACAGAGGUCACUGUAUAAUGCUGCUCAUGGGUAUGAGGAAGAACUGAUAAAAAAGAAACUUCAGCAGUUUUCUGGUGGAUCCAUCAACCUUUCCAAAGAAGACAAUGGCAUUGGAAUACUUACUUUGAAUAACCCAAAGCUAAUGAAUGCCUUUACAGGUACUAUGAUGAUAGAACUCCAGGAGAGGGUAGCUGAACUGGAAAACUGGAAGGAUGGCAAAGGUCUUAUAAUCCAUGGUGCAGGAAACACUUUUUGCUCAGGAUCUGAUUUGAAUGCUGUCAAAGAAAUAUCCAACUCCCAGGAUGGGAUGAAUAUGUGCAUGUUUAUGCAGAACACCUUAACCAGACUUAUGAGGUUGCCUUUGAUCAGUGUUGCACUAGUUCAAGGAAAGGCUUUUGGAGGAGGAGCAGAACUUACCACAGCAUGUGAUUUCAGGUUGAUGACGCCUGGAAGUGAAAUUCGGUUCGUCCACAAGCACAUGGGCCUGGUGCCAGGCUGGGGAGGAGCUGCCCGGCUGGUGCGGAUGGUGGGCAGCGGGGCAGCCCUGCAGCUGCUGGGCGGGGCUGUGCGGGUGGACCCCGAGAGAGCGCUGAGCAUGGGGCUCGCCCAGGACACGCUGCGCUCCUCAGACCAAAGCGCAGCCUUGGCAGAGGCCCGGGCCUGGCUGGGACAGUACACAGAGGGUCCGGCCGCUGUGAUUCGGGCUGUGAAAAAGGUGGUGACAGCAGGGAGAGAGCUCCCGCUGGAAGCUGCCCUAAGGACAGAGAAGGACAUUUUUGGAACUGUAUGGGGUGGGCCUGCCAAUUUGCAGGCAUUGGUUAGAAGACCGAAACAUAAAUGAUGGUUUAUGUGUGGGAAAUGGGCUUGACCUUUUUUGCAAACAAAGCUUUCAGUAAAGCAGCCAUUAAACUGAAUCGUUUAAGGACUUGUCCAUUUAAAAUGGCAUUAAUAUUCCUGCCAUUUAUGUCAGGCAGGAAUAUUUGGUGUGCAACCACAGAGAAAUCCCGGGGAGAUUCUCUACUGUCCUAAUCACCCACUGAAUCGAGAUUAGUGAAAUUAGUAUGUAAAGGUAAAUACUGUACUGAAAAUAGGACUAUAAUUCAUUUGGAAUGAGGAUGAAGAUUA